UCUAAUAUUUUAUAUCUUAUAGGGAACAGUUAAAUAAGAGCAAUAUGAAGUCCAUGGAUGCAGUGUUACUGAACUAUUGUCUGAGAUGCAUGCUGCACAGGUAAUUUGCUUAGAUGUAAUUGUUAUCUGUUUAGUAAAUGGCUGGUUUUGUGUUAGAGCAUGUGUUUGUGUGUGUACAGAGAAGGGAAUCGUAGCUGCAGGAAGAAAGCCGCAGGUUGAAACAAGAGAAGCAGGCUCUGCUGGUGGAUUUGCAGAUGAUGAAAAAAGAAAGGGACUUGGCAAAAGCACAAGUGAUCUCUACCUCAGGUGAUAAAGGGUUUGAGUUGAAGCUGCUGGAGAAAAUACAUAAGGAGGAGGUGGCUGCACUGAAGAAGAGACUGCAGUGGUAUGCUGAGAAUCAGGAGCUGCUGGACAAAGAUGCAGCCAGACUCCAAUCAGCCAAUGCAGAGACACAGAGACUAACUGAGCAGGUGAGAUGGUAAUCUUGCUAUAAUUGUAUUGACCUUCUCCCAGUCAUCAGAGGGAAUUCAUUAGUUUACCUGGUGUGUAAACAGCUCUUGAUGAUUCACACCUGAAUGAUGCCUUUAAUCUUGUUGAGUUCACAUAACACACAAUAAAAUCUCGAGGUGUGAGUUAACCCUUUGCUAAAUCCAUCCACCAA